UUUUGCUCGCUGCUCCCCAUUUCUCCUUCAUCCGCUUAGCGUUUUCGAUUUCAUAGAGACAGGGGGACCCUCGUAUAAGGCGUUGAGAGAUGUUAUUAUCAAUUUUACGGUCCUCGAUUUCUUCAGGGUCACUUCUCAAAACCCCAGCAAUCUUCUCUACUUCCUCGCUUUCUCGCUUCUCAGUCCCCUCUAUGGCUGCGGCUGCGGCUGCUUCUGCUUCUGCUGCUUCCCCUUUCAAGAAAAUCCAAAUUCAGAGAGAUGGCACUGAAUUUGAUGCUUAUGUUGUGGGGAGAGAUGAUGCCCCUGGAAUUGUUGUGCUUCAAGAAUGGUGGGGUGUGGAUUAUGAAGUCAAAAAUCAUGCUGUGAAGAUAUCUGAGCUUGGAUCUGGAUUCAAGGCACUUAUUCCAGAUUUGUAUCGAGGAAAGGUCGGGUUAGAUGUUGCUGAAGCACAACAUCUGAUGGAUGAUCUUGACUGGCAAGGUGCUGUGAAGGAUAUACAUGCUUCAGUUAACUGGCUCAAGGCUAAUGGCUCUAAGAAGGUUGGUGUAACUGGAUACUGUAUGGGGGGUGCUCUGUCAAUUGCAAGUUCUGUUUUGAUCCCUGAGGUUGAUGCUGUUGUUUCUUUCUAUGGAGUUCCUUCAUCAGAGCUUGCAGACCCUGCCCAGGCUAAGGCACCAAUUCAGGCUCAUUUCGGAGAGCUCGAUUCUUUUGUUGGCUUCUCUGACUUGACGGCUGCCAAGAAACUGGAGGAAAAGCUGAAAGAAUCAGGAAUUCCAUAUGAGGUGCAUAUAUACAAAGGAAGUGGACAUGCUUUCAUGAACCGAUCCGAAGAAGGUGUGAAGAGGAGGAAGAACAUGGGAAUGGAUGACGAGGACGAUAAUGCUGUCGAACUUGCUUGGUCUCGAUUCCAAUCCUGGAUGUCACAAUACCUCUCAGCUUGAACUGGUUUGUUUUUCUUUCUAGUGGCCCCUUCAUCCUAGUUCACUGUCUGAUUUGUUUGCAUUCCUCAGUGAUUGUCACAAUGGAAUCCAACUCUUGGUUGUGUUGUGUUCUAAAGUAUACUUUUUAAAAAGUAUAUGAAUAAUAUGGUUUGUAUGUUUGAAAUUUUAACUGCCAUCAUGAA